UGUAAGGGGUAAAACGUGAGAACGUUGCUGUGUUCAACUGGACAUGAAUAAUGAUACUAAAAACUUUAUUGUACAGAUAGGCCUAUUCGUUUUAAUGUAAGAGUAAGUUGAACGAUAAGUUAUUAUUAUUUAGUACACGCAUUGGCAUAUAUUGCUAUUUAUACAUUUUUUUCUAUGAAGUUUUAUUUCCAAAAUUCUCUAUUUGACAACACUCUCAGAAAAAAUGGCACAACAGCUGAGCUAAUACUUAUAAAGCCCCGGGUAUACAGAAGAGUCCACUAGGUGGCAAUACGCACAGUACUGAGCACAAUGUGCAGUCGCCGAAGAAGAGUGUGUAAAGAUUGAUUCAAAAACAAGACGAGUAAACUCAGAAGUAUGCCUUCUCCAUCGUUUUUGAUUCCUGUUCUCUUUGGUGUAACUUCUGAACUAUGUUGCAAUGGUGGAUGGACUAUUUUUCUUCCCCGAUCCUGCCCAGCGAAUGUCUUGUUGAUGGCACGAUGUCUGGUAUAGAAAAAAUUGUACUGCGCAUGUGUCGAACUCGGUCAUCCGCGCGCAUCCGUGGUUUAGCGGACGCGACCGUGCGCGAGACGCGUCCGGGCGCGGAAAGUGAAGUAUACCCGGGGCUUUAGGCUACCUCUCAAAGAACGUCACAUGACCAAACCGGAAAACUGCUCUCACCACAUCCGCUUGUGUUACAGCAGUGUGAACUGACCACGAUAUCUUUAGACUUAUAACCUAGCUAGUUAUUUUUAUUGUUGGCUUUUUAUUCAAUUUAAAUAUUCAAAUGUUUGUGAGAAGAAGAAAAAAAACUAUCAAUAUUAAUCUGCAUAUGCGGUGGACAUCCGUUAUGCUCAUCUUUGGUAGCUCCUUUUGAAAGCAUCUUAAGCAAAACAGCUCUAUAUUUCACGAGGUAACGUUACAUACAAAAGACCUGAACCGGAAGCGAUGCAACCUGUUUUAGAAAACGGAAGUUUGUUGUGCAUAACAAUGAACUUUAAAGUAAUCUGCUAGCCUAGCUUAUUCAUUUUAUGUUUACUUUACAUUCUAUUUUAUUUUAAUAUCUGAAUGUAAUUGUGAGGAAAAUGUCUUUGUCAAAACCAAUAAAGUACCAGAAGCGGAAUAAUCCUAACAGUGAUUUCUGCUGUGUACCUAAAUGUGCGAUAUCAGGGAAGUUCAAUUCCACCGUUAGUUUCCACCACUUCCCAAAGGAUGAAACUUUAAGGAAAAUAUGGAUACGUAAUGUGAGACGUGAGAAUUUGGUAAUUAAGAGGACCACGACAGUCUGUAGUAGACAUUUCGUUUCCACGGAUGUCAUUCAAGGUGGGCGGCGACGCUUAAAAGAGGGGGCUGUGCCAGUGUUGUUUGCCUGGAACGACUACUCUCUACCGGCAGCCAGCGUUUGGGAGAGAAGACCACGACCAGAGGAUGGAGUAACUGAAAAGGAAAACAUGGAUGCUGAAUUGUUGCUUCAGUGCCACGAUUACGAUGCAAAACCAGAACCAUCAGCGUUGGAUAUAGCAUAUGAGAAAAUAGAAGCUCAACAGCUGGUGAUAGAAGAGCUGCGAAAGAGACUGGAAGAGGUUACACUGAAGCAGUCAUUUGGCUUGGAGAGGUUUUCAGCAUCGGACGAUGACAUUAGAUUCUAUACCAGAUUUGCCAGCUACCGACAUCUACAGGCAUUUUGGAGGCAGAUUGAACCUGCAACCAGGAGAAUUGUGCGUGUUGGUACACAGCCAUCCACUUCCAGCACAACUGCAGCUCCUGACAAGGCAGCUGAUCCACCUUGUCAACCGAGCCGAUGUCUUCCACUAAUCGAUGAACUGUUCCUGUUCUUGGUGUACCUGUCGCUGGGUCUGAAGGAGAAAGAUCUUGGUGAUCGCUUUAACAUUCAUCAGUCUGCUGUCAGCAGGAUAAUCAAAAGUUGGGUCAAUUUUUUGUACACCUUAUUGGACGCUGUCAGAAUAUGGAUGUCUCCUGAGGAAAUUAGAGCCACGAUGCCGAGUGUGUUCGGCAAGUACUCUGACACCCAAGUCAUUAUUGACUGUACAGAGCUGAGAUGUCAGGUGCCUUCAUCUUUACUCUUAAAGAGUGAGACGUUUUCUCAGUGUAAAUCCCACACUACCCUGAAAGGAAUGAUCGGUGUGUCACCACAUGGUGCUGUUACUUUUGUUUCCUCACUAUAUCCUGGCUCUGUCAGUGACAAAGAAUUGUUCAGGCGAUCUGGAAUUGUCCCUCUUUUGGAUAAAGACAUGGCUGUAAUGGUGGACGAGGGUUUUAGAAUCGAUGACCUAGUGCCCUGCAAAGUUUACAGACCACCUUUUCAGCUGUCUCAUGAUGAAGUACUGGUCACUCAGGACAUUGCGCGGUUAAGGAUACAUGUGGAGAGGAUAAUUCAGCGCAUCAAAGAGAUCAAACUGUUUGACACUAUUAUCCCUCUGACCAUUUCUGGCAGUAUCAACCAGCUUUUUGAGGUAGCCUGCCUCCUAACAAACUAUCAAAACAAGCCACUGUUCAAAACUUGGGCCAAAGAACUGACUAUUUGUUAACCUCACUGAGAAACUGGAUGCUUGUUUCAGAUCUGCUUACCAAAAUGACAGUGGGCCUCCCUCGGUUCUGGUUCUUAACACUACACAAUGAUUUCAAAAAGAACUGGAUUCUCUGAUGUCACAGAUGUGAUGCAUAUUUAUGUAGCAAUACAAGUUGUUCAAGCUGUUUGUCAAAGUUUUCAUUAAUUGUCUUUUAUAUCUAGUAGAAUGUAUAAAGACGGAAAACAUCUUUUAUACAGUCACAAUGUGAUAAAUUUAUUUGAAAUUUUUCUCUUUGUUCAUUGACCUUCUGCAGUCCAUCAUGUUUACAACUGUGACAAUAAAUGCUUAUCAGGACCAACGAAA